AUGGACGUCUUUCCUGUCGAGGUUUUGAGAGGAAUCCUUGAAUUUCUGAGACCUCCUAUCACCUCACCUCGAAUCGCUGAAGAUGCGGUCUGGAUCAAAAACACAACGCACAUCUCAAAUUGGUGGCUUCCAAAAAGUCCAAGUAAUCGCGAGGAUGGCAUUACUGACCGCGGCGCUUCAGACAAUAGGUAUCCUCCCAAGAGGUCAGAAGUUCGGGGAACCAUCAACAUAAUAAAUUUGAAAGGAACCAUUGAAAUCAAGGAUACCACUUCCCAAUACAGAAAGAUACUUCCACUGAGAUUGGUUAACCGAUUUUUCAACGAAAUCUGUACCUCUUUCGUCUACCAAGAGCUUAAUCUUUUCCAUACUACAGAUAUGACAAGUGAGGAGGUCGUGGGCCUCUACGGGAAGUAUGUCACCGUCCUUCGUGGUAGCAUAGACAUCAAGAGACCAGACCUAUACGACUCAAGGAUAGCUAGAGGCCUACGUUCCAUCGGAUUCUACUCCACCACUGUCAACUGGCCUGACGGUGGCACCAGCCCCGGCAACUCUGACUUCAAUCUACUCCAGGAGAUUGCGACCUCUGAGCAAGCUCAGCUCAUCCAGCAUCUCGACCUCUACUUCUCCUUUGCGAAGGACAAAAUCUUUGAAUUUGUUCGUACCCGGUUCACAGGACUUCAGACCUUGGCAAUGCGCGACAUGUUUGGACCGCUAGCCCCACCUAUCUGGGUCGCCGGGCCAGACACCAAGGAACAGUACUGGGCAAGUUAUUCCAACCUUUCUACCUUGAAGUUGAGCGGUUGUAACAAUGUGCCCUCGACUGACGUUCCAGAGUUCGUUCGACAUUUUCACUCUUUAGAGCACCUCGUUCUGUCCGAGUGCCACAACAACCGUGGACCAAUGGCACAUAAACGAACGCGAGGGUGGAGUGAUAUGCUAGAGGGGUGGUGGAAUCGCCACAAGCCACUCAAAUCCAUGCAUAUUGAGCAUCUGUACGAUUUGGAGGUUUUAGCCAUGGGCACGAUCCCAGUCACAAAACUCACAGUGGUCAGUCUCAGGUAUACUGACUUUGCUCAAGUCUUCAAUCAGGACAAAGAGAUAUUUCCUCACCUGCAGAUUCUCCAUCUAGAGCAUUCAUUUGACUCCACGAUCUCCAUUUAUGGGGAACUUGAACUGGAGAAAAGAGCAGCAAUCCAGGAUGCAUUACACGGGUGGAAACAGAGAGAAAUUGAAUUUAUACCGGAUGCCGUAGUCUUACUUCACUACUAG